AUGGGCGUGGCCAGCGUCUUGACCUCGCUCGUCAGCGGGCUCUUGCCCCGCGACGGCAUCAGAUACAAGUACAGCGCUGUCCCGGCGUCGACCGAGGACUGCGAGUCGCCGCCGCCCCCCCAUGAUGAGCAGCUCGUCCAUGGCAAUCACCGCCCAAGACCGCUCCACGAGCAAGCAAGGCUGCUUAAACUGACUGCUGGCGCCAUGAUUCUCUUCGCCGUCUUGGCCGCUGCCGCCGUAUAUGGGCAGGCCCAUCCUGACUCACGCGGAUGCGAGGCCACGGGCUCCUGCGAUGGCGUCUCUCCGCACACCUGGGGACAGUACUCGCCCUACUUCUCGGCGCCGUCAUCCCUUGACCCGGCCUUGCCCCACGGCUGUGAGCUGACCUUUGCUGCCGUGCUGUCCCGUCAUGGCUCGCGGUAUACGACCAAGGCCAAGUCGUCGCCGUACCAUCAGCUCCUCGACCGCAUACACGCGUCGGUUGACAAGUAUGGCAAGGGCCUCGAGUUUAUCCGCGACUAUACCUUCACGAACCGUGUCGACGACUUGACCUUGUACGGGCAAAAGGAGCUCGUCCAGUCUGGUGCGGCCUUCUAUCAGCGGUAUAAGGACCUGGCGCACGGCUCGGAACCGUUUGUGCGUGCUUCCGGGUCCCCGCGCGUCGUCAUGUCAGCUCAGAACUUCACGAGGGCCUUUUACGAGGCUCAGGGGAUCAGCGGCAUGGGGAAGCUGGAGCAGAUACUUGUGCUGCCGGAGAAGGUUGGCUUCAACAACACGCUUGAUCACGGCACGUGCCCAGGAUUUGAGGACGGGCCCUGGAGUGCGCUAGGGGAUGGCAAGCAAGAGAACUGGCGGUCCAUCUGGGCAGCGCCCAUCAUGGAGAGACUCAACCACAAGCUGCCCGGGGCGAACCUCACGCUCGAGGACACAGUCUAUCUCAUGGAUCUGUGCCCCUUCGACACGGUCGGCACGCCCAACGCGACCAAGUCGGACUUUUGCAGGCUGUUCUCGCAGGAGGAAUGGCACGGCUACGACUACUACCUGUCGCUCGACAAGUGGUACAACUACGGCAACGGGAACCCUCUUGGCCCGACGCAGGGAGUCGGCUACGUCAACGAGCUUAUUUCUCGACUGACGGGAAAGGCUCUCGUGGACAACACCUCGGCCAACUCGACGCUGGACGCAUCGCCUGACACAUUUCCCCUGGACCGGAAGCUGUACGCCGACUUCAGCCACGACAGCCUAAUGACGUCGGUGUACGCGGCGCUCGGCCUAUACAACCGGACCGGCGACCUGCCCGACACGCACAAGCUGUCGCCGGGCCAGACGCACGGCUACUCGACGUCGUGGACGGUGCCGUUCGCGGCGCGCAUGUACGUGGAGAAGAUGCGGUGCGCCGGCCACACGGGGAGCGACGAGCUGGUGAGGAUCCUGGUCAACGACCGGGUCGUCCCGCUGCAGGGCUGUCGAGCCGACGGGCAUGGGCGGUGCAGGCUGGGAGACUUUGUCGAGGGCCUGUCGUUUGCGAGGUCGGGCGGCCACUGGCCCCUGUGCUAUGCAUGA